AGAUCUACAACUUCUCAACUUGGUCACCGUAUACACUAUGCAUGCAUCUAUGCCCGAAUCCACGACGCAUCCUCAGGUCCGCUUCUUGGUAGCAUGCCCGCGUAGCGGGUCUACGCUGCUCGUGCGCAUCUUUGCGGAAGCGGGUAAUUGGAAGCUUACCAAAACGCAGCCACCGAUAUGCGCAGCGACUACGAAACUGUCAAGCCGGUGUUCCUAAUCCGCGACCCAAUCCGCGUAUACGAUAGCUAGAAGAGCAUCGGAUGGACGAGCAUUCAGUCCCUAUGUGACUGCUUCGAGAACAACUUCCGCAUGCAAGACCGGGAUCCUACCGGGAAGCUCUACGUUCUAGUAUACGAGAAACUCGUACAAUACCCUCUGGGCGAGAUUGACGGGGUUCGUGGGCACCGGGGCAUCGACUUUUUGC